GAGAGGGCUGCUCACGCUGUAACGGCACGACCCUCUGCCUCAGCACUUUUCUCUCUCCCAGUGUGUUUGUGUGUUUAUGCACUGUAUGUGCGAAUUCCGAGGGUCGGCGUGCGCGCGCAUGCAUGUGUCCUGGCAAAAGCCUGAAUAAUUGAUGAGCAGUGGAAGGAGUGAAAGCACUGCCGGACGGGACGGUGUGUGUGGGAGUGUGUAGAGAUGGGGGAGAGGAAUACAGUGAGGCAGCAGCCUGGCUACGAUGGGCUCUGCAACUACGCCCAAAAAAUCACCUCCUGUUUUGGACUAGAUGUGGCUCAUGCGCAGGACACACGCCACCACUCUACAGAGAAGCCCCUAAUUCAGUGCUACAAGUGUGGGCAGCCAUGUAAGGGCGAGGUGCUCCGGGUGCAGAACAAGCACUUUCACCUCAAGUGCUUCACAUGUAAAGUAUGUGGCUGUGACCUUGCCCAGGGGGGCUUCUUCAUGAAAAAUGGAGACUAUCUGUGCACGCUGGAUUACCAACGCAUGCACGGUACCCGCUGCAAUGGCUGUGGGGACUUUGUUGAGGGAGAAGUGGUUACUGCUCUGGGCAAGACCUACCACCCUGCCUGCUUCGUCUGCACCAUCUGCAAACGACCGUUUCCUGCCGGGGACAGGGUGACCUUUAAUGGAAAGGACUGUCUCUGUCAAUACUGUGUCGAGCCCAUGUCUCCAGGACCAAAGGACAUCCUGGGCUCCAGCAAUUGCGCAGGAUGUGGCCGAGACAUUAAGAACGGACAGGCUCUCCUUGCUUUGGACAAACAGUGGCAUCUGGGCUGCUUUAAGUGUAAGGCCUGCAACAAAGUGCUGACCGGGGAGUACAUCAGCAAGGAUGGCGCCCCCUACUGUGAGAAGGACUACCAGACCCAUUUUGGAGUUCAGUGUGAGGCGUGCCAUCAAUUCAUCACAGGGAAGGUGCUAGAGGCAGGAGAUAAGCACUAUCACCCCAGCUGUGCGCGAUGCAGCAGGUGCAAUCAGAUGUUCACAGAAGGAGAAGAGAUGUAUCUGCAAGGGUCAACAGUCUGGCAUCCUGGGUGCAAGAACACCACCAGAACAGAAGAAAGGCACAGGGAGCGGCCGACGAGGUCGUCGUCUGAGAGUAUUUGUUCCAGACCUGGUUCAAGCAUACCUGGCUCACCGGGUCACACUAUCUAUGCAAAAGUAGACAAUGAGAUCCUUGAUUACAGAGACCUAGCUGCCAUUCCAAAAGUCAAAGCCAUUUAUGACAUUGAGCGCCCCGAUCUUAUUACCUAUGAACCUAUGUACACCACCUCCCUGGAUGAGAGAGAGGAGAGACGAGAGAGUGUGGGAGAGCUCCACACUGCCAGGAGGGAACGUUCCCCCUUGCCGGAUGACAAGUCCUCAAGAAACAUGUCGCCAACCCCAUCUGGUGAGGGAUCUUACGACAGGAGGGAACGCAUCCUUCAGAGGUCCACCAGUCAGGGCUCCAUAGGAUCACCAGUUUAUAAUCGUCAUGGAUACACCCCCACUUUGUCACGGUCGCCGCAGCAUUUUCACCGGCCAGAGGCUCUGACAGGCAUGCAGAAGCUCUGCUCCUCCCUGUGCAGUAACAGUGUGGGCUCCAGAAAUAGUGACUCCCGCCCCACCUCCCCUUUCAGACACCACUUCCUCCCCCAUAGCCAAGGCACCGACCCGCCGAGUGGCCGGAGCUCUCCCCUACCGCUCAGGCCUGACAGCCGGCCGGUCACCCCGCCUCUCUCUCAGACCCCUAAACAUUUCCACCUCCCAGAUCAGGGGAGCAACAUCUAUCGAAAGCCACCCAUCUACAAACAACACGGUUCAGAAGGGAGGAGAAGAUCAAGAGAAGAGGAGGAGGAAGAGGCUUUGAAAAGAAAGCAGCUCCAGGAGGAGCAUCUCAGUAAGAUUCAGUCUGGUUUGGGGAAGCUCAUUUUGAAGGAGGAGAUGGAAAAAGAGCAGAUAAGGGAGCGCCAUGCACGAAGCCUCUCGGCUCAGCGCUACGAUCCCAAACAGACCAGCUGUGAUGCAGAUCCGCCUUCUCCAACCAAAACUAACUCUCUGCCUGGCUAUGGAAGAAAUGGGCUACAUCGGCCUCAGUCCACAGAUUUCACCCAGUACAACAGCUACGGGGACAUGUGCGGAGGAGGCAGAGAGUUUCAGCACAUUAAGGAUGGCCGUGCAGCACUUGCAAGGAUGGACAGGGGAGUAUCUAUGCCUAAUAUGUUGGAACCGAAAGUGUAUCCCUAUGAAAUGCUCAUGAUAACCAGUAGAGGGAGAGCUAAACUGCCCAGGGAUGUGGACAGAACCAGACUGGAGCGCCACUUAGCACCUGAAACGUUCUUUGACAUCUUUGGAAUGGAGAUCCAGGAGUUUGACAGGCUUCCCCUGUGGAAACGCAACGACAUGAAAAAGAAGGCCAAGCUCUUCUAGCACUCAGAGCCGCAUGCAUUUUCUGUACAUUCAGAUAGCACACAGCAGCUGUAAUCUAGAUGUAGGUUUUGGUUUAUUUCCUUUUCUUCUAUAUAUAUUUUUUGUUCUUUUCUUUUUUUAAAAAUUUGAUUGUUUUAACCUGACAUAAUCACGGAAGCCAUGAACUGGACUCUUUGCUCUGAUGCUUCCUGAGACUAUGUACUGAAAGACUUGUCCUUUUAGACUUGCACUGUCAACGAUGAGCGGGAAUCUCUUCCGCGUUCAAAAAUGACAAAGAAUGAGACUGGACGAUGAACAGGGUCAUGUUCUUUGGUUUGAAUGCGCUUGUUUUACUUCUUGCUUUGCUUCGAGUGGAACCGCUUUUCUUUUCUUUCUUGCUCGUUUCUUCCUACUAUUUCUCUCGCUGUUGAUUCCUGUGGAACUUUGUAAGUACAGUAGAACCUCAUGGCGCUCAUUACAAAAUGUCCAUGCUCGUAGCUUGAACAUGUGUCAGCUUACCCUCGCUUGGGCUAAAAAGGUUUUAGUCCAAAGUUUGCAAGAAUUGGCUCAGUGAGUCUUUGAAUUAAAAAGAAAAAGUCACUGGGAAAGCAGUUAGCUUACCCAACAGCUGUUGCAUCAUCCAAGCACCCGCAUAUCACUAGUUUCCUUCCCAUGGCUACGCACUGAACAUCCGUUUGACCCUGACAAAAAAUGUCUCUCUUCUCAGGCUCUCAUAAACACGGCCAGACACUCUCCCUUUACAUGGAUUGGAAGUACAAAUCGUAUUAUAUUUUAAUGCCAUAUCAAAAGCAAAGUAAGUGACAAAUAGCUAAAACCCCUAAUGUGUUUGAAAAUACUGUUUUAUAUAAAAAAAGAAAAGAAGAAAAAAACCCCACACUGCCAUUUGUUGUAUUGAAUUCUAAGCCAAUAAAGCUUUAAAUCACCAUGAAACAUAAUGAUCCUCUGCUAAACCAAAGGUACCCACCGCCUCUUUUCUGUUUGUUUUUCUUUGUUUGCAUUUCACCAAUAAACACACGAGCUCAGUGAUGUAACGCAGGUUAAGAAGUAAUUUUUGGACUGAGUAACUUUUAAUCAGAUGGUGGCGUCCACUGACCUAAACACACUCUGAUUAGCGAAGUCUCUGUUGGGUUACACAAGCUUUGACUUUGACUGCUUUACUGAAGGGGUUUAUAUAUUAUUGUGGGUUCUGCACUGAACAGAUAUACACCCACUGGACACUUUAUUAAGUACACCUUACUAGUACUGGGUUGGAUCCUCUUUUGACUUCAACAAGCUGCUGGAAACCUUCACCAGAGAGUUUGGUCCAUAUUGACAUGACAGCAUCGCACAGUUGCUGCAGAUUUGUGGGCUGCUCCCAUUCCAUCACAUCCUAAAGAUGCUCCAUUGGAGUGAGAUCUGGUGACUGUGGAGGCCAUAUGAGUACAGCACACUCAUUGUUAUGUUUAAUAAACCAGAUUGAGAUAA